GAAGUGAUUGGUGAAGUGAGAAGAAAAAGCUUAAGCGAGGUCAUUCUUUGGAACAGUUAGGAAAGGUUGAAUGCAUGUAGCUGAGAGUUACAGACAACUAGACAAAAUCUAUUCCAAAAGGGUGACAGCCCUUUGGGAGGCUCAAUCAUGACAUCCCAUUUGUUGGGCUAUACUAUUCUGCUCCUGCUAUGGAUAUCUUGUACUGCACAGAAAGUUAGAAAUGACUGUGGACCACCCCCUAGAAAAGACCGUGAAGAACUUGCAACUCUACCUGGCAAACAGUCCUAUUCACAUGGGGAAGAAGUACUUUAUAAGUGCCGGCCAGGGUUUAUAAAACUUGGGCGCAUUAGAUUUCGGUGCAACAAUGGAAACUGGGAACAAGACAUACCACAUGUGGAAUGCAGAAAAAAGCCUUGUGGACAUCCUGGAGAUAUCCAGUUUGGGUCUUUUGAACUUGUUAAAGGAGAAGAAUUUGCUUAUGGUGCUCGUGUUGAAUAUCGAUGUGAUGAAGGGUAUCAGAUGCUCAGCCGUACAAAUUUCCGUGAUUGUCGUGCAGAUGGAUGGAGCAAUGAUGUCCCUCAUUGUGAAGUAAGAAAGUGUCUCCCAGUAGAAGCACCAAAAAAUGGAAGGAUCAUUAUGACAGGAGUACAAGACAUUGACCAAGAGUUUCUAUUUGGCCAGGUGCUACGAUUUGAAUGCAGUGGAAGUUUCAAAAUCCAGGGAUCUGAUCAAAUUUUUUGCACAGCUCAUGGAAACUGGAGUCACACUAUACCAACUUGCGUAGAAAUUACCUGCCAAACAGAAGAUAUUGAUCAUGGCCGUAUAAUAGCUCCAAAGAGAGUUUACAGGGAAGGUGACCGAGUACAAUUCUCAUGUGACACUGGGUAUAAACAUGCGGAGAGAUCUGAUGCUACGUGCACUCGGAAUGGAUGGAAUGCAAGACUUGCAUGUAUAGAUAUUGUAUGCUUCCCUCCGCAAGUUGAGCAUGGCACCUUCCAUGCUAAACAGAAUCAGUACGAAUAUGAAGACACAAUCCAAACACAGUGUGAAACUGGGUAUCAGCUGCAAGGCCGCAAUCCCGUUUCCAAGUGUACAGAGAAUGGUUGGGUUCCUCCUCCAAUAUGCAUACCAAAGAAAUGUGACUACCCCCGUAUAGAGAAUGGAAGAGUAUCUGAUUACUAUGAAAGCUGGAAAGAGUACUAUUUUCCAAGAAGCGUGGGACAAACAGUUGACUAUGGUUGCCAUCGUGGUUUUCUGGCAACAAAUAAACAGGAAUGGCAUAGAGCUACAUGCACCAAAUCUGGCUGGAAUCCAGAACCAAAAUGCUUCAAAAAAUGUGAUCUCUCUCUACGCUUUCCACAUGGUAGACUCAUUUACCGCCGUUCACAGACCUUCGUAGAGGGUGAAGAAAUUUCAUUUUCUUGUGAUGAGGGAUAUGAACCUCCAAACCAACAAACAACAGCUAUGUGCACAAGAAGUGGUUGGUCACCUCCUCCACGUUGUGGCAUGAAAAAAAUGUGUGAAAUUAUUCCCCCAUCUAAUGGCUUUUUCACUACACAAACAAAAUACUUGAAUUUGAAUGAGAAAGCAAUAUAUCGCUGUCGGAGCGGCUUCACAACUCCACAAGGACUCAACGCGGGAGAGACAAACUGCCGUGAAGAAGGGUGGAAGCCAGAGCCAAAGUGUAUCAAGACAUGCCAAAAGCCACCUGAAGAGGAUGUGACAUUUAGCACAACUAAAUCAGUCUUCCUCUUAGACGAAACACUUCCCUACAAAUGUAAAUAUGGGUUUGAAACAGUUAAAAAGACCAUGGGCGACAUCAUAGUAUGCACAGAGAAUGGCUGGAACCAGAAGCCCGAAUGUCUGCCAAUACAAUGUGAUGGUUUCCAACUGGCACAUGGGUCCCAUAGUCCUAGGAGGGGCCAAUACCAGCUCAAAGAAGUGGUGAAAUUCUCCUGUAAUCAACGAUACACAAGAGUUGGGCCUGACUCUGCCCAGUGUUAUCAUUUUGGAUGGUCUCCACCACCUCCAACAUGUAAAGAACAAGUCACCCCUUGUCAGCCACCAUCCGACAUUUCAGAUGGUGCUAUUAUUGGUGACCUUCAUGGAGAGUAUCAACAUGGCGCAAAGUUGGAAUAUGAGUGUAAUUUCCAGUUUGCAAUGACUGGAUCAAAGGUGAUUGAGUGUGUUGAUGGAAACUGGACACCUUUACCAUUUUGCACAGUGGAAAAAAGAACCUGUGGAACACCUCCAGAUAUUACAAAUGGGCAUCCUGUCAAUAGUGACUCAAAUCUAUAUAGGCAUGGCGAAACUGUGAGAUAUGAAUGUGAUGAACAUUCUGUUAUUGCUGGGACCGAAGAAGCUAAGUGUCUUCAUGGACAGUGGGAGCUACCAUUAUGCACUGAUGUCGCAGCAUCAUGUACACCUCCACAGAAUGCAGCGUUUGUACCAACUGUUCCUCUGACAAAGCAGUUUAACAACAACGAAGUUACAAGCUACACCUGUCGUUCCAAACUUCAUAAAACAAAAUGUGUUAAUGGAAAAUGGUCACCUGACCCAGAAUGCAAAGAACUCUGCCCACCACCACCUCAGCUUCCAAAUGCCAUUGACAUAACGGAGACAAGAAACUACAAGAGCGGUGAGGAGAUAGGCUUCAGGUGUAAGGAGCAUUUCCGUCUUGAAGGGCCAAGAAAAAUAAAAUGUGAAGAUGGAAAGUGGCAAAAUCCCCCACUCUGUACUGAUGUAAGAUGUGGAGAUCCCCCUGCAAUUGCCCAUGGUGAGGUAAAAAACAGUACCCAGAAAAAAUAUGCUUCUGGUGAAACAGUGGAGUAUCAUUGCCAUGAUGGCUUUGAAAUGAGUGUAUUAAGUUCUGCAACAUGUGAAAAUACAAGUUGGUCCCAAACACCAACUUGCAAAGAAAAGUCAUGUGGAGAGCCCCCCAAGAUCUUUGAAGCUGCAUAUGAUGGAGUAACAAGAAAACGCUAUGAGCCUGGGCAAACAGUAACUUUCAAAUGCAUACCAGGUUAUGCUGCUGAAGGACCACUGAAUGUGACAUGCCAAAGAGGAAAGUGGUCGAAACCUUCCAUCUGCGAAAAUGCAACCUGUGGAAACCCCCCUAAUGUUGCCAACGCUGAUAUUGUGGAAGGUACAGCAGACAUCUACCUGCCUGGCCACCAGGUGCAUUAUCAGUGCCACAAUGGUUUUGAAAUAUCUGGAUCAGCCACUGUCACAUGUGAAAAUAAGGAGUGGUCAUUAUCACCAACCUGUGAAGAUGCAACAUGUCCUCCUCCACCUGAAAUUGACAACGGUCAACUUAAUGAUGAUCAAAAGCCAAGGUAUUUGCCUCAGGAGAAGGUGCGCUAUCGCUGUUCCUCAGGAUACAGUCUUUUUGGACCUUUCAGAGUAACAUGUUUAAACAAGCAAUGGACAGAAUUGCCAAUAUGCCGAGAUGCUGGUGGAAGAUGUGGUCGUCCACCUCCUAUUGAAAAUGGAGACAUCUUGGGCACUGCUGAGCUAGAAUAUAGGCCGGGCGAUUCAGUGCGCUAUAAAUGCCAAAGUCUCUACAAUAUGGUAGGAUCUGAUGUAGUACGCUGUUCCAGUGGUCACUGGGGAGAAAUACCAACAUGCAUAGAUCCUUGUACAGCAACAACUGAAGAUAUGCAACAGAAUAAUAUACAGCUGAGGUGGACAUAUGGUGAUAAACUCUAUGCAAAAUCUGGAGAACCAAUAGAAUUUUCCUGUAAAUGGGGCUAUGUGCCACAUCCAGCCUCCCCUCCCUUCAGAGUAACAUGUACAGAGGGCAGGUUGAAAUAUCCAAGAUGUGUUCCUAGACAAACAGAUUAAUUGGAAGAAGGGGACAGAAGACAUUUUUGACCACCACUUGAUCUUCAAAAGUCUCUGAUCACUUAUGUUUAAUAUUAUCAUAUCAAGUUGUUUCUUUGCAAAUAUAUUUUCCAUGGGUUAUAUGCAGCUGCUUAAAAUGGAUCAUGGACCUAAAAAUGGAAGCCUACUUCAUGGAAGCCAUACCUAUAAUCUGGAUGGAUGGAUGGAUAAAUGUAUAGAAUGACUAUACAGAUAGGCUUAGUCUAGUCUCAGUAAAAUCCAAUUUUGAGCAUUAUGUCCAACAUUAUAGAAAGGAAGGAAAUUCAUCAGAAGACAAAAAUCCAAGAGUUUUGUAUAAACAUUUCUGUCUCUGGACAUUCGAAUGGUUAGCAAGGACUAGUAAAUCUAAAUAAUAUACUAGCUGUGUAUAACUGCAAUGAAUUUUUUUAAAGCUUGAAGGGAUUUUAUAUUCAUUAAAAAAUAAAAGCACUUAUUUGCAAAAAUGA